UCACGAGUCCGAAAUCUUUAAGGAGUACUUCACUGUCAGUGGAUCAAGAGGUGAACCGAGACCUGGACCUGGACUCCAGCGGGCACCGUCCAUCAAUCCAGGGUUGGACUGUGGAUGUUGUGAAACGAACCAGAGACUAAAGUUUGUCGUUUUUCUCCGGGACGAGGGGAGCCGGCGACAGGUGCAUGUGGAUGGCGAUUAAACCCGGAGCAGCAAACCCUGGUCUGUCCAAACCAACGGAUCUGGAAAACAUCUAAAUAAACACUCAAACAGCUCCUAGUUUCGGUAAAAGACAAAAAAAAAAAAUGGAUUCAGUUACUUUUCUGACUGUUUUUCUAGCCCUCCUUCUUCCCUCUGCCCAUCUACUUCAACAGUGACAGAGGUAAAAGUUACAAAAGCUACCUCGGUGUGACUUGGAGAUUGAGAUUUUCUUCAUAUAUUUGGUUUAUUUUUCGUCUUCUUGGAUGAAAACUACACUUUGGAUGCUGGCUGAGUGUUUACUGGAAUAGAGGAGGCAAUGGAGAAGAGCAGCAGGAGCCAGCCCGACGGCAGAGCUAAAGACAGAGUGGGCAGUGUGGAUCCUUAUGGCUUCGAGCGCUCGGAGGACUUCGAUUACGAGUCAUAUGAAGAGCUGAUGUCAGAGUAUCUAGUUGUGCUCACCCGAAGAUCUAUCAAGUGGUCCAAACUGCUGAAAGGAAAAAGCAAAGUGCAUAAGAAUGUAAAGGUAAAACGUUAUGUACGGAAGGGGGUUCCCAAUGAGCACCGGGCUCUGAUCUGGAUGACUGCCAGCGGGGCUCAAGACCAGCUAGAGAAGAACCCAAACUACUACCAGUCUCUGCUAGGAGCCCAACAUGACCCCAAACUGGUGGAGACCAUCCGUACAGACUUGAACAGAACAUUUCCAGACAACAUCAAUUUCCGAAAGACAUCCAGCCCAUGCAUGCAGAAAUCUCUGUACAAUGUGCUGCGGGCUUAUGGUCACCAUAAUCCAUCUGUGGGCUAUUGUCAGGGGAUGAACUUCAUAGCUGGGUAUCUAUUGAUCAUCACAAAGGAUGAAGAGAAGUCCUUCUGGCUGAUGGACGCACUAAUUGGAAGAAUCUUACCAGACUACUACAGUCCAGCCAUGCUGGGACUGAAGACUGACCAGGAGGUUCUGGGGGAGCUGGUGAGACUUAAACUCCCUGGGGUCUGGCAGACCAUGGUGGAUCAUAAUGUCAUGUGGACUCUGGUGGUCUCUCGAUGGUUCAUCUGUCUCUACAUAGACAUUCUGCCUGUAGAGACAGUUUUGCGGAUUUGGGAUUGUCUGUUCUACGAGGGCUCUAAAAUCCUCUUCCGUGUGGCUCUGACACUGAUCCACCACCACCAGGCUCAGAUUCAACAGGCCCAGUCACUGCCAGACAUCUGCCAAAUCUUUAAGCAGAUCACCCAUGGACCUUUUGUUGACGAAUGCCACAUUUUCAUGCAGAAAAUCUUCACUGAACCAGGAAGUCUCUCCAUGACAACCCUGGCAAAGCUGCGGGAAACAUGUCGAGCGCGGAUCAUCGCAGAAGAGUCCUGACCCUAACCGCGUUUCUGUUGCCUAAACACAUUCCACACAUGAACGCAUUUGCACCUUUUUCCUAUUACCUUGAUGUCAUAGUGACUACGACAUGCUUUUACAGAAGUGUAAAUAUGAUUGUAUGGGAAUAGAAAUGUGACAGUUCCACUUAAAACUGAGCUGUAGCAUGUCUUAAGUAUUUUCUAUUAUUAAGAUGUAGAAAUUAGCACUUUAAUCAGUUUCAAGUCAUAGCAGAGAAUUUUUUUUUAUACCAAUUGUCAUCUAAGUUGUUCUGAACUCCUAGCACAUCCAUCCUAAUGUACGACUAGUAGUUCCUUGACUGAAAGUCCGAUGUAUUUAAUGGGAAUAUUGACUUAAAACAUUUCAAGAAUGUAUGUUUCACUUAAUUGUAUUUAGGCUUUUUUGUUCAUUAAUUAAUGUGCACAGUGGUGAUACAUUUGGGCUGCUUUUUCUGUAGUGUGUCCAGUGUCUUCAGUCUUGAGGUUUUAGGACCUUUAAUCAGUCGUAGUACUGACAUCGUAUUUUGUUGCACUGUACAGAAAUAACCCUGGCAGUGAUCCCAGCUCUGAGUAUUCUGCGUAAUGCACACCUUGUUUAACAUUUCAGCCAUGUCAACAGCCAUGUGUAUGGGACAAAACAAGAGAAAAACAUACUGUAAUAUUGG